CCGCGCCUCGGAAAACUGAUGUGCAGUUAGAUUAACCGUGCUUUUGCUGAAGAGCGGCUGGUUUAACCGCAGUGGAAGUUCCAGGGACAGUUUGAAUGUCUAACUGUAACUGACACGUCAAACUAAAGGAAUCAUUAGAGACUCCCUGGUUUCUCCAUUUGGGUUAUUUCUAAUAGCGGAGGUCAAAGAGGAGAAAUACGGCAUUAAAAACAGGACUGUCUUAGGCAUCUUACAUUACAGACAUUGCAGUUUAUUCCUCUGGAUACAUCUGCAGCCCUCAAGCCUCCCUGCAGCAGGCCUAUAGCAUGUUCACACAGGACGUGCCCUGUUUUUCCCAAGAGGCUGAGAUAAUACCAGAAAUGCAGCAACUGCAGAAUGUGGAGGGUCUGCCCAGUCUUAUCUCAGAGGCUUUGUGGCGUAAUGGUGAAGAUCAGCACACAGAACAAACUCUGUUAAAGAUGUCCACAGUGAAACUGGUGGACUUCAGGAAAACACGGGGACUGAAUGCAAAAAUAAUAUCAGAAGGAAAUUGUCAUACUGGAGUUCCAGGUAAAUCCAGUUUUCAUGGAGACCAGCAAUCACUGCAGGCUCAGGUAAAGAUGUGUUCUGUGAGACUGGUGGAUUGUAGAAAAAUACUAAACAGAAAAGCAAUAGAUGAGGGUGAUCCAGAAGACGGGGCUCAUGAUCAUGAAUACAACAGCAGUGGUUUUUCUUCCCCCAGCGAGUCCAGCAAAUCAUAUUCUGACGAAUGGGAUCAAUCUACCUCUCAAGAACAAAUGAUCAAAAGAAAGAGCGUUGGAAAAGUUAAGUUUGUGAAGGGCUCCUUUGCAUUACGUCCUUCAGGCAAACAUGUACUUCAUGUGGGACAAAGGACGAAUCAGUGCAGCCAGUGCAAUAAGACUUUUAGUAAUUCAUCAUGCUUGAGAAGUCAUCAGAAAGUGCACACUGGGGAGAAACCUUACAAGUGCACACAAUGUGGAAAAAUGUUUACACAAAAAUCAGGCCUGCGAAUUCACCAGAGAGUGCACACUGGGGAGAAGCCUUACCAGUGCACACAGUGUGGUAAAACCUUCACGCAAGGCUCACAACUCCAGAGACACCAGAUGGUGCACACUACAGUAAAAGCCAGCUUUCGGUCUGACAAGACGCAAGUAUCAAAUAUUAAAGCGCAUGAGCGUGUACAUCCUGGUAAGGAUUGUUUAUGUUGCAAACACUGUGGAAAACAAUUCGCAAGCUCAUUAGGUUUUCAGAGGCAUAAGAAUGCACAUGAUCAGAUGGAGAAAAAUCAGUGCUCAGAGUGUGGUCAACAGUUCCGACAUUCUUUGUCCCUGAAAGUUCACAAGAGAAUACAUACUGGGGACAAACCGUACAAGUGCUCUCAGUGUGAUAAGGCAUUUCUAAAUUCUUCAUCGCUUAUAGUACACCAAAGGGUACACACUGGAGAAAAGCCUUACCACUGUGACCUGUGUGGAAAACAGUUUUCACAAUCAACACAUCUGCGAACCCACCAGAGAGUGCACACCAAAGUGAAGCCUUACGUCUGCUCUCAGUGCGGCAAGUCUUUCAAUCAGUCGUCACAUCUUACAGUGCACAAACUAUUGCACACCGGACAGAAGCCUUACUGCUGCCCCACCUGUGGCAAUGGAUUCAGAACAACCAACCACCUUAAGCUGCACCAGAGGACACACACUGGGGAAAAGCCGCACCGCUGCUCCGUGUGCGGAUUGUGUUUCAGUCAGUCUUCAAGCCUUAAGCAGCAUAUGAGAAUACACACUGGAGAUAUGCCUUACAAGUGCUCUAAAUGUAAUAGAAUAUUCAGACAGCGCAGCACCCUUAAAUACCAUGAAUAUUUGCACACCUGAGGCGAACCUUGCGUUUGCUCUUACCUUCAAGUGUGAGCUGAACUGUGCAGUUGAUGAAGGUCUCACCAGAUAUGUAUGGUAAUACUUCAUGUUUUGUUACCCUAGGUAAAAUGAUCUUAUACUCAGUCAUUAUAUCCCACUCAAGCAAUAGGGAAGCGCUUAUUUACUGUAACAAAUGUAAUUGUCAGUAUAAAUUGCCAUAACAACUUGCCAUUAAAUACAGUCAUGUUUUAAAAAUAUUGUGUUAAAACUUAUUGAUCUGAAUCAUAUGAACACUUUUUUCAUGUUUUAGAAAUAAUUCUGAAAACCUUGGUUAAGGAUUCAAUGCAGUAGGAAUGAAGGAUGUUCUUUCAUAUCGACAGCAAUGCCUCCCAGAAAACAAUGCUUUCAGGUCCGUCUCCAACUCCAACCAUGCCCCCAAGUACAGCAUAGAGCUGGAAUUGGACAGUGAUUUCAGUAUGGCAAAACUGCAAGUACAGGGAAUUAGGUUCACAUUAGGGCUGCAACAACUAAUCAAUAACAAUCGAUAAAUAAAUUGACAACGAAUGUAAUUAUGGAUUAGUCGGGUCUAUGACGUCACUGUCGAUAACCCCUCCGUCAGUAACGUCACUUCACAAUGGUGAAAAACGCAUUUCUAUGAAUAAAACACAAUCACGAUGCAGGUUGUCCAAAACAUGAGAGUGUUUUAUAUUAAGCGCUUCAAACUAACUCGUAAGUGUAUUAACGCGGCUUGUCGUGUCAGACGCUGCGACAGAAGCGUGUGCUGUUUAAUGUGUUCCAGACAUGUUUUCUUCAGCACAGAAAUGACAUGUUUACCUUUAUAUCCUUAUCUGUAAAUGUUCGAAAUUCACGCCAGUAUUUCCAUUUUACAUAAAGUCUCGUCCUGACAGCGAGCGAGUCUCCGUUAAACUUCACUGAAUGAGCGCGAGUCCACGCAUACGCGUCAAUCAAACAGCGCAAUAGAAAGGAAACGCAAUAACUCUGACUAAAAUAAUCAUUUUGAUCAAUAUAUGCUGUUUGAUGCUAUAUUCGGCGAUAUUUAGAAUCAAACGUAAUUGUCCUCACGCCAGAAUUGAAAAGCAAUACUGAAUUUGGAUUGCGUUUUAUGUUUUUCCUCCAGUAUGAUUGCUUUUCUAACUGACAUUCUCUGCCAUGCAGAUCAUGGCUUCAGCAACCAGAUGAAACCAAGAAUCACUAAAUUAAUCAAAUAAUUACUUUUGAACAUGAGUUUGAUUGUGAUUCUGAGCACAGUCACAUGCCCCAAUAGAAAAGGGUGUGAACACUUUGAACAGUUGUAAGCUUUUUUUUUUUUUCUCUCUCCCCCUAAUUGUUUAUAACAGGUGUAUUAUUGACAGUAUUAUAGCUGGAGCACUGUAAUGAAUUUUACAGCUUUCCCUCUCCUGAAAUGUCUUACCCUUG